AUGAAUUAAAUUGAACCUUCUGAUAAAGCUCCUCAAGAGAGAAAGGUCUUUAGAGGAGUAAUAAAACUGUACCCAGACAUCUCACACACGAAUUACUUCUGUUCAUUGUGCCACUAUUUUGUCAUGACAUUUAUCUUCGUAAGUGUCGAAAGUCUCUAACCGUUGCUGUUCAAUUAGAGAUAUGGCAUCCAUCCAAAAGAUGCUGGCAUGUGUAAGCAUUUAAUAUAAUUUAGAAAAUGGAUACAUGUUGCUGAUAGAUAUAGCAACAAAGUGUAUAUUCGCCCCUAUUGUAGGAAUAUUGAGUGAUAAGGUUGGAAGAGUGCCAGUACUACAGAUGGGUAUUAUUUUGACAGCACUCUCAAUCAGCAGCAUGGGAUUCGCAGAAGACAUCUAUCCACAAUAUUGUAUAUCCAGAGUAUUCAUAAUAUCUCAAUUAGAUCCAAUAUGCCAUAGGAGCAAUCACACUAGCCACUAUUCCUUUCCUAGGAGACUAUGUGCUUGAUUCAACCAAAGGAAAAGCCUCAGCAAUAAAUGUAAUACUGGCUGCCUUUGGAGCAUUGUUCUCAGCCACAGUAAUCACAAAACUAUUGACUUAAAGUUUUUCUCUCAGAACCACUUAUAUUGUUGUGGGAUGCUCAUUCCUAUGUCUUGGUUUACUCUACACUUUAGGGUUAAAAAAAGGAUUACAUUUUAAAAAAGAACGAAAAACCUAUAAGAAUGCUGCUCCUCUUAGAGAAGACUUGAUCGAGAGAAGCAUUUGUCCUUAUCAGAACAUCAAGUAAAUUCAAGAUGAGGACUUUGAUUACAUCGAUUAUGAGAAAGAAGUCAGAGCUCUAAAUCAAAUCAAACAAGAAUCUUCUUGUGGAGCUGCUAUGAAGAUAGCUUUGUUGGCUGGAAAGAAUAUUUGGAUAUUUUAAGGGUACGUGACCAAUUUCUUGGGAAGAGGAGACUCCAUCCUACUCACUUUGUCAUUACAGAUAUGGAGUCAAUAAUUUGUGGAGGACAAUUUAAAUGAUGAUGAUGCUUACAAAGAAGCCAGUAUUUAAGUAUUCAUAUUGUCUCUAUUUAAAAUCAUAGGCUUAAACCCUCUCUGGAGUGACUUAUGCUGUCAUCAUGGUAGGAGCUAUCUUUUAUGGCAUUUUAUUUGAGAAGGUUUCCAAAAACAAAUUGCUUUUCAUAAUGUUUAGUCUUACCAUGAUUGGAUGCUUUUUAAUGAAUUUUGCACCCAACCCAAAAAGUCCUUAUACUUUCCUCAUUAUGGCCAUCUUGGGAAGUGGAAUGUCUGGACUCUAUACUGGUGCAUUAUACUUUGUCAAUAAGUACGCUUAUUCUGAAUUUAGAGGGUAUUAUCCAUCAAUAUCAUAGGUACAUCUCCGGAUUAGCUAAUGUAUUUAGUGUUUUAGGAAUAUUAAUUUGUUCAUUUGUAGGAGGAGUGCUUUAGGAUCACUGGAGCAAAAUAGCACCAUUUAACCUUUUUGGAUUCAUGUCCCUUUUAGGACUUAUCUUAGUAAUUUGGAGUUACUAUGCCUUAUAUUAAAGUAGAAGUGUAAAAUGA